AGAACGUUCAAUCUCUCUCUUCCUUCUUAUCACUACGCUACUGAGGUUAGCUAUUAUCGCCAACCUCACUACCACCACCAACACAUUUGGUAUUUACCACAUACCAGUCAUCUCAAAUCUUUCCAGGGCCAUUCAAGGUCAAUCCCCCUUCGAAAUCAAGUGUCAUUUAGUCCUUAACAGACACUGAAUCUCUCAGGUUUGCUGUCAAUCGCGUUUAUCUUGCUUGUGUCUCACGGCGACGCGACUGUCGUCGCACUUCAUUGUGAACAUGGCUCCUCAAAACGCAAACCCACCUUCCCUCCCUCCUACCGUGGAGGAGGCGUACCGUCGCAAGUGUAUCCAAUUGAAGGCGCGCACCAAGGAGAUUCAAGAGGAGGCCGAAGCCUAUCAUUUACGACUUGGCCGACUCGAACGUCAGGUCCAGAAAAUGCGUCUCGAGCGCGCUUUUCUUCUAGAACAGAUUGCUAAGCGCACAAGCACCAAUGUCGAGGAUUCUGACGGUAGUCCCAGUCCCCCACCUACUCCCAAGGACAAGCCUCUGCGAACCAAGCGCGGCCACCGGAAGCCUUCGUUGCUCCAUGCCUCUGAGCCCGGCGGUGGCAGCAACGCGACUUUCAUUAACCAGAACCUGAACACUCUCUCUCCGAGCUCCGAUGCAUUCUCGCACUCCCAGUUGGAUACACAGAAAGACCAUGGCCGAGGUGGUAUGAAUGGUGUGAUCAAACGACCCAAGCGACCGAGCAAUGCUUUCGAGAUCUACUGCAAUGAUACCCGACCUGUCCUCCAAUCUCAGUACAAGGAUAAGAUUGCGGCAGGCGAGUUCCGACUCGAAGAGGAGCUUGCGCGAGGUUGGAAGGACCUGCCCGAGAAAGAGAAGGAGGAGUUCCAGGUCCGCUACGAGCAAGAGCUGGCCCAGUAUAAGGAGGCUGUCGAGGAAUAUAAGCGUGGCACCAAGGGCGAUGCUACUCGCGAUCGUUCGCGCGCCCGCGGUGACCGAGACAAUGCCAGUAGUCGUGCUAGCCGUGGAGGCGGAGGAUCACGCUCUGCCCGUUUCGAGGAUGCCCAAGAUGACGAGGAAGCCGACGAAGACCAGGACAUUGAGAUGGCGGAUGCCGGGGCUGCUGACCAGGACACGGAUCCCGAAACUGAAGUCGAAGAGAAUGAUGGAGCUGGUGACGAUUAGGCGGUUUCUUUUCUUGCACGAAAUCGACGCGAUGCGAUUCAAUGCGAUCCGAUGCAACUAAUGGCGUUUUACGGUAUUACGGGAUACUAGCACUUUUUGCUAGCACUUUGCAUUUUGCGUCUACGUUUGUACUAUUACUGCCUAACCCAUAAUCGAGGAACCACAGGGCUUUGACUAGGUGGUUUGGAAGGGAUAAGGGGCUAGGGAAGAAAAAAACACAGGAAGCUGGAGUCAUGAUAGGUAACUUAACUGGAAGUUAGUUAGUCCUCUCUCCCCACCCUUUUCAGAGAAGGAGUGUGCCGGUUUAGAUGAAGACUACCUUAUUCAGCACGCAACGCAUAUGAAUACAAAGAACAAAGUUUUCCUCAUUACUACACUGGUGCCAUGGUUAUUAGUGAUCGAUUCCACCUAAUUAAGUAUCUG